AGGUACUUUGCUCGACUAACUCGGAUACCGUUGUUGAUAUGACCUACAUGUCGCGACCUACAUCAAUGCUUCCGUCAGUGUCUUCUACAGGUUCAUCUUUUCGUCAGCCAAGUACUCACCAUGCUGCGCCGCAGCAAUCGUCGGCCCUGGCAGCCCGAAUCGCGUCGAAGAAGGCCGAGCUAGAUAAUCUGAAGCAACUUCACGAAAUGAGUGGUGCACUAGCGAUGCAAAUGCAAGUGUUAGAAGAGAAGAUAGGGACGCUUAAGGAUGGCACAGAAGCUGUUGCCUGCGUUCUUGCUAACUGGGACAAUGUUCUGCGGUCUAUUAGCAUGGCCUCUACAGAAGCUGUAACUGUUCAAAGACCGAUAACGCAAAAUACCAACACCUUGUCUGAGGAUGAUAAAGCAGUUGAUUACCCCAUGCCUGCGACUCUAGUCCGAAUCCCAGCAGAAGCAGUAACGACGAGAGAUUAAUGCACGGCUUCUGUUAAACCUGCAGUGUUCAUUAUAAGUUGUGCCUCUUCUGGUACCGCUGUACAAAAUUAUAAACACCAUGACACAAGGCCAAUAAAACUGAUACUGAGCGCUCAUUUUAUAAACUUAAUACAUU